AUAUCUAGAAAGUCGCCAUUCAUAUCUAGUACUGCUUUAUCAGAGAAAGAAAUACAAAGAAUAUCUUCGAUGCUUAAGGAACUGAUAUUUCGUGUUUUUGUUCUGGGUGUGAUCUUAGGACAAUGCGCAGCUGGGAGCUCGUACAUAAUUCUGACACCUAAGGUCAUUCGGCCUGGUCUUGUGGAGAACAUCACAGUCACAAUAAUCAAAAGUAACAUCACUAAUGCGAUAAUAAAGGCCACACUUGAGGACCAUCAUAGCAACAUACUGUCGGAAACCAAUGACACCUUCCAAAGUCAUGUACCCAAAGCCCUGCAACUAAAGAUUCCAGGAGAAAUAAAACACCCAAAUACAAACACCAGAAACUACAGGAUCCGCCUCCAAGGAAGUGGUAGUCUUUCUUUUAUGAACGCCACUGAUGUCUUCGUACAGAGUCAAAAUAUCUCCAUUUUUAUCCAAACAGACAAGGGAACGUACAAGGCUGGACAAACACUUCAGAUCCGUUGUUUUGCACUACAUCCCAACAACUCGAUUUAUACGGGAAACUUCACAUUAGAUGUACAGGACCCAAAGGCCAACAUUAUCAAGCACUGGAGCAACCUACGGAAUGAAAGCUAUGGAGUGAUAGUGAAAUCUCUGGAUUUGGACAGUCAACCUGUACUUGGAAACUGGGUCAUAAAGGCCACAGUCAUGGGGGUCACAAAAAGGACAGAGGUUAAAGUGGACGAAUAUGUACUCCCUAAAUUCAAGUUGGAAGUAACUUUUCCCCAGUCUGCUCUGGUCAGUGAUAGAGAGGUUUCUGGCUCGGUGGUCGCAACUUACACUUAUGGACGCCCCGUCUCAGGACGUGUCAACAUUUCUGUGACGAUUCCAUCAUUAUCUGCAAGUUUCAAGCCUUGGAGUGGGGACAUGUUCACGGACUCUAGACACAUAACAAAACAAGAAAAGUUCACCAUCCCAAUGCGCCAUCUCAGAGAUCACGUGUUACACGGGGACCGAGUUUCCGAUCAUGUUAAUGGAGCCCAGCUGAAAGUUGAUGUGUCAUUUACUGAAGACAACACUGAUAAAACCGUGUCUGAAACAUCAUACAUUACACUACAGAGUAAAGCCAUACAGUUUUCCAUAAGCCAUAAAGGUUCUAAUAGAUACAUCCCAGGAUUUGAUUUCCCAAUUCAGGUAGCAUUUUCGGACAACGAAGGUAGACUGCCAAGCAAACAUCUUCACCCAUUGCACCUGACUGUUAACUCCUACAACACUGCUGACGCUACUGUAGAGGAAGAUCGACACAUUUCUAUUCCUUCCAAUGGGAUUGUGGAAAUAAUUCUAGAUACUCCAAAUAAAACGGAAAUUAACAGAUUGGAAAUAAAGGUUACACACGACAAUGUAGUCAAAACACUCAUCCUGUACCCAUAUGCCAAUAAUCAAACCCACAUUAAGUUACGAGUAACAUCGUCCCACUACAAGGUUGGGGAAGCUGCUAAAUUACAAAUACAGGCAAACAAACCGAUAACGGAAGUGUAUUACCAGUUUGUCGCCAGGGGAGUUCAAGUGUUCUCAGGGAGGUAUGACAUGAACGGCAUGAUGAACUCCAGCUUCGAUGUUCAAUUGAACGACGAGAUGACACCGGAGACAUCGAUCCUUGUUUACAAUGUCGAUUCGGACACCGACAAUAUAUAUGCCGACCAGACUUCUAUUUCUGUCAAUGGAAUGUUGAAGAAUACGGUUUCUGUCACUUUUGGACAGACACAAGUACAACCCGGAGACAAAGUUAAUCUGAAUGUUCACACACUUCCACAGUCGAUGGUCUACUUAUCUGCUGUUGAUUCGUCAUCGUUGAUAUUGGGCAAUGAUAACGUCAUAACGGAACAAUCGAUUGUGGAUAGUAUGGGGGAGUACAAACCCAGUAUUCAACAAAAACUUUAUUUCUAUAAAACGAAUUGUAUUUCCCCAUCCGCAGUUAAAGUGGACCAUGACAACACAUACUCAGCUUACAGAUUUGAAGAGGCUGGAACAAUGGUGAUUACUGAUGUGAACAACUAUGACCCAGCUUCGUAUAAGUUCCAUCCCUAUUAUGAUCUUCCUAAAGUGUGGAAAACAUGGCAGGAUUCCUGUGGUGGAUGUUGUGGAGCUUACCCCACUACGACUUCCACAACGCUGCCGAUACCAUUUUACACCAAGCCUUAUCCCACUAUGCCUCCUACAACGCUGGCGACACCAUAUAAUGGCGGAGGAAACCCAGUCCGUCCGUUUCUAACACCUGUUACAGGAUCAUAUGGAAAACCAGUCCGUAUGUAUUUCUUACAACUCUAUUCUUAA